GGCCAAGUGAGCUGGCCAUCGACUAACGGUCAACUCUGUUGACCGUUCAAUUUAACGGUCAAACCCGCCUCAAGGCCAAAUAAGAAAGUAUGAUACAUAGUUCAGGCUAGAAGAGCAAUUUCCGAAACCACGGGCCAAAGUAGAAAGUUUGUGUAUAGUUCGGGCCAAACUAAGGUAUUAACCCUAUAAUUUAUUAGGAUAAGUACAAUAUAAUGACUCUUUUCAUAUUCUGGACUAAAUCCGUUGACCCAUUAACCCUUGACACACUAGCUCGAUCGGGGCCGGAUCAGCCCGCGGGCUGACAACCUUGAUUUGAUCUCUCUCCUUUUUUUUAUUAUCAAAAUGUAUUAAUGUAAAAAUGUAUGCAUAGUUGCAUACAUAGUUUUUGUUAAUGAAAGGAUAUGUGUCUUACAUACACCUAGUGAUGACAAUUUCAACCCGCCCCGCGGGUAUUACUCGACCUGACCUGCGAUGGGGCGGGUAUUACCCGACCCGCAGUAGCGUGGGGCGGGACAUGGAUAUCUACUUCCGACCCGUCCUGCCCUGUCCCGCCCCGUUCUAGACUCAUUUUAUCUCAAUUUUUUACAAUAUAUAUACAUAUUUCUCCUAUUUUGAUUUUUCUUCAACUAGUUAGAGUCAAUCUUUCAACUUGUUAGGCUCAAUUAUCCAUUCUAUUAUCAAUAUUUUUUAUUCUUAAAGUGUUUUCCCCUACGUUUUAUUGUAAAAAGUAAAAUUUACUUGUAUUUUUUUUUUGAACAACAUGUAAGAAUGGGUCGACCCGCCCCGCCCCGUACCCGCGUGGGUUUUACAUGCCCCGACUCGUAGUAACAUGGUGCGGGGCAUGAAAAUUGAGGUACCCGCCCCGUCCCAUUGCCAUCACUACAUACACCAACAUAUAAAAAUUAUUUUAUGUGCUUUAGUAAAGAUUGUAAUUUUUAUUAUCUUGAAACUGACAAUCUUUGCACGGCUAAAAAGGAAAACCAAGGAAAAAAAAAAAAGAAUUAUCCCUAAUCGUACCGGUAACCACGGUUAUCGGUUAAACCGGUAACCGAAUCAAAACGGUAGUCGAAUGAGUUUUUGUGGCUGGCGGUACACCGGGAUCGAAUUUGUGAUUUACCGUCGGCCGACCGGUAUUCCCACACCGACUGGGAAAAGGAAAGCAAGCCGUCACCGAUUAGGAUUUCUAGAUUUGUAGGAAUAAUAACUAAACGUCGGCCACCCAAAAAGACCUAACCCAAGUAAUUAGACCUAAAUCGGACUGUUAUAGUGUUAUUCUAUCCCCUGCCCGCACGAGCACGACCGCCGUCGGAGGUUAAUCGCUCGACCGCACAGCCCAGCAGCUCGUCCUCUCCGGCUCUCCGUCGAUUUGAGAGGUAACCUGUGUUUGUGUAGCCGACACCCGAGUUAGUUUCAUUCUUUCAAAUUUCAAUAUUGACUCAAUUUGUCAUAGCCAGGCUCGUAGCCGAGCACAGUGAUGAAACUUAGAAAGGUGUUUGUGAUAAAUUGAUAAUUUAUAUACUGAUAAAUUGAUAAUAUAUAUACAGAUGGGCCAACGAGCAUCUGGCCCAAAAGCCCAAUUAACUUUGUCAUUGUCUCCACCGAACUGAAGGUAUUUCCUGUCCAACAAGCCAGCCAAAAAAAAAACUAAAAGGAAAAAAGGGCCAAUACUCGAUUCCAGCAGCGGCACUCAGAACCGAAUCCGAAAUCAGUCUCCGAAGAAUUAAUCGGAACGAAACGAAUCGCUGGCAAUGGACGUGAUCAAGACCCAGCAAAUUGCGGCGAGGCCGAUCGAGAAGGUGGUCGUCCACCCGCUGGUUCUGCUCAGCAUCGUCGACAACUACAACAGAGUUGCCAAGGACACUCGGAAACGCGUCGUCGGAGUCUUACUCGGAAGUGCUUCUAAAGGAACCGUCGACGUAAGCAACAGCUACGCCGUGCCAUUCGAGGAAGAUGAGAAGGAUCCCAGCAUCUGGUUUUUAGACCACAACUACCAUGAAUCGAUGUUUUCCAUGUUCAAGAGAAUAAAUGCAAAGGAGCAUGUUGUUGGGUGGUAUAGUACAGGUCCAAAACUGAAAGAAAAUGAUCUGGAUAUUCAUGGCUUGUUCUCCGACUAUGUUCCAAACCCUGUCCUAGUCAUAAUUGAUGUCCAACCAGUAGAGCUGGGAAUUCCUACGAAAGCUUACUAUGCUGUGGAAGAGGUCAAAGAGAAUGCAACGCAGAAAAGUCAGAAGGUAUUUGUGCAUGUGCAAUCAGAAAUUGCAGCUCAUGAGGUUGAGGAAAUCGGUGUGGAACAUCUACUUCGGGAUGUUAAGGACACAACUAUAAGCACCCUUGCAACUGAGGUGACUGGCAAACUUACUGCCUUGAAAGGCUUAGAUGCAAGGCUCAAAGAAAUAAGAGGUUAUCUAGACCUUGUUAUUGAUGGAAAGCUUCCUUUGAAUCAUGAGAUUCUGUACCAUUUGCAGGACGUAUUCAACCUACUUCCGAAUCUCAACGUUUCCGAGUUGAUCAAGGCUUUUGCUGUGAAAACAAACGACAUGAUGUUGGUAAUCUACCUCUCGUCCGUCAUUCGAAGCGUUAUCGCCCUGCACAACUUGAUCAAUAACAAGUUGCUCAACAAAGAACACGAGAAAGCUGAAGAUUCGAAACCAGUCUCUGUACCAACUGCCACCGGAAGCUAGAUACACAGGAUCAAGUUUGCGGCUGAUUCUCGGAGAUACUUGAUCUUCAUCCAUUUUCUUUGCGAUCGAACUAGUAAGACAUAGAAUGUUUGGAAGAUUUUAGGGAUGGUUUGGAUGAUGGAUUGUGUCUAUGUCCAUCAAGGCAGUGUCAGAAUUGAUCAAUCGACCCACUACUUUUACUUUUAUGCCUCCCAGGUUUUUUAAAACAUUUGUAGAAGGGUGUUUUUGUUCUAUUAACCAGUCUAGCAAUCCAUAACUUACAGUUGUUAAAAAGAUUCGUCAGUUGCUUCAAAAUCCAUCGUUCCGCACAUUUAACCAUCCACCAACCAAAUACAAGUCUCUUAUCCUC